AUGAAGAGGCUGGUGUUGACAGAGCCAGACUCGGGGGCUGCGGACGGCGGGGGUCUCACAGUCACACAGAACGAGCUGAACAUCGUCACAGUCGCCACAGAUGACAUCGUCACUCUGGCCACCGAGGCCUUGGCCGCCUCGUCCGUCACACAGCUCACAGUUGUACCUGUGACCACGACUGUUGCAGCCGACGAAACGGAGGCUCUGAAAGCGGAGAUUACUAAAGCAGUCGAGAAGGUUCAGGAAGCUGAUCCCACCAUGCAAAUCCUCUAUGCUUGUGAUUCGUGCGGGGAUAAAUUCUUGGAUGCUAGUUCUUUGGCCCAGCAUGUCCGCAUCCACACGGCCCAGGCUCUCGUCAUGUUCCAGGCAGAUUCAGACUACUACCAAUACACCACAACCACCACUGUGGAGGGGGAGACCAGCCCAACCUGGCAACCCACAUCAGUGCAGGUGGAGGAGCUGGUGCUGAGGCCCGUGGAUCACGAGGAGGGGGCUCAGACAGACACUGCGGCUCAGGAGGAAGAUGCUGCUGCUGAAUCAGAACUUGAAACACAAAUUGAAAUGAAGACAAAAGAGUCGCAGAACAGUGGGGAGGGGAGUAACCAAACAGAGGACAUGGACUGCGCGAGUUAG